CCUUUUUUCUCUAGAUUUUACAUUGUGCAGUAGGAAUUGUUCCAUCUUCUGUUGUCCUGACUUCUUUCCAGGUGAUGUCAAGAGUUUUUCUGAUAUGGGCAGUAACACAUAGCGUCAAAGAGGUGCAGAGUGAAGACAGUGUCCUCCUGUUUGUUAUUGCCUGGACAAUCACAGAAAUUAUCCGUUACUCCUUUUAUACUUUCAGUCUAUUAAACCAUCUGCCUUACCUCAUCAAAUGGGCCAGGUACACACUUUUCAUUGUGCUGUACCCAAUGGGAGUGUCGGGAGAACUGCUCACAAUAUAUGCUGCUUUGCCCUUCGUCCGACAGGCUGGCCUAUACUCCAUCAGUCUACCUAACAAAUACAAUUUCUCCUUUGACUAUUAUGCAUUCCUAAUUCUGAUAAUGAUCUCCUACAUUCCAAUUUUUCCCCAGUUAUACUUCCACAUGAUACACCAGAGAAGAAAGGUCCUUUCUCAUACUGAAGAACACAAGAAAUUUGAAUAGCUCCAGCUUCCUGCACACCCCCAAAAAACUUUUCAAUGACAAAAAAUGCUGCAGACUUUUUGAGUUCCCAAUACGUUUCAUAGAAAUGGAGUCAUUACAGCCUGCCACUAAGAAACGUGCUUGGAUUUAGUAAGUAUGUGUACAUCGUAGAGAACCUAUCUUAUCUAGGGCUCAGCCUCAAUCAUAUUUUAACACAGUGACAGUUCUCAGAAAGGGAAAGCUCAAUCGCCAGUAAAUGACAAGUACCUUUCACCGUGUCAUUCUCAGAACACCUCUGAGUAAUGUAUUUACCCAUAGCUAUUCUCACUUUUGGACCCAAAGCCAGGCUAGUCACGUAAGGGUUAGAGAAUCUGUAAUUGUGAAAGCACAUGGAAGGUGUUACUCUAGAAAUGUAGACCUGAAGAACAUUUAGGAAUAGGUUUCUAUACCCUUAUUACUUUAUUUUUAAAUUUCCUUCAACUCUUCAGUUAGGAUCCUUUUCCUAAUUACGGUCCUGUGUAAUCCCCACCACGCUGUAAGUCCAGAGGUGGUGAAGUGCUCCAGUCGGGCAGACAUGAGCUAAAAACAGUUCUCUCUCCCGUGUGUGGGAGCGGCCUAGAAAUACUUCGGUCAUGUGGACCGUGUCUAAUUGCCGUCAUGUUUUCAUACCAUUUAAUUGCUGAACUGUGCAUUUAAGACUCUAGGAGAAAGGGUUGAUGAAAAUGUAAAGCCCAAGUUCAGAUGUGCAUUAAAUUUUAAACACAGAAUGUUCUUUGUGGAUUCUUUUCUCCCCUUUUUCUUUUUAAAUCGUUGAUCUUUAAAAUUUUAAAGGCCUAGUUACUAGCUUACUGAGUAGUUAUUUAAAAUAUAAUUGCUAAUAUCAGAAGAGUGUCAUAAUGGAAAACUCAUUUUUUAAAUUAUUUUCAUAGAAGCCUGAUAAUGAAGAUGAAAAUGAGAAGAAAGUAUGGAGCCUAAAAAAAAAAAAGUAUGGAGCCUAAAAUUUAAUGCAGGCAGAUGUGUAAUAAAAUUGUUUUUGAAUUGAACAUUAAAAUUCUGCUUCUUUAAGUCAGCAGUCUUAACUUGGGCAUGUUGAGACUAGAAUCUGUUCUUGUACUUCAUAAACUAAAUAUAGAGGAAAGAUUAUUUUUCAUGUUUUUUUUUCUUUUUCCAAAUGUAUUUCUGCUGUAAAAUAGAAACAAUUUGAGUUAUAUUAGUCUUAAUUACUUAGUUUGGGUAAGAUUUUUUUCAGUCAUUUCUGGAAUAGUUAUAGAAGAUAGGGUGAAAAACAUAGGUUUUCCAGGAUCGCUGGAUUGGGGGUUUUAUUCGGGUCUCUCUGUUAUAAUUUGUCACUAUUUAUGAAAAAUAGUCUGUCGCAAACAGUGGUGUUGCAUCAAAUUGAGCUUUGGCAGCAAGAACACAGCAAGCAACUCCCUCCUCAAAAAGGGUCUCCACCCCACUGUGUAUUUUUGUCCAUCGACAUUUAAGAUGCUCAUGGCAGAUAACUAAGGCAUGCACUCGGCCAUGUCCUUCAUUCACCUCUCUCGGUAACUGGUUGCUUUAUCUCUGACACGAAUUAAUUUCUCCUUUGAAGUGAUGGUGUUCUAUGAAUUGGAGAACAUCUAACCCCACCAACUGUCACAUCUUAUAAAGUGUGAAUGAGGAAGGCGGUGUUUGGUGGGUAUUUUGUCAGACUUCCCAUUUUCAUUUUAGGACAUAGUCAAAGGCAUCAUCUGCCCCGCCGCCCGCCUGGUUGGGUGUUUCAGAUUCCCCCCUUCGGGACCACCUUCCGGCAGAGAAUUCUUUGAGGUACGCAGUAGUGCUUUGUAGACACAAGCUGCUAAUCUGCAUCUUGCUGUGUUCUGUUUGCUCAGGUUGGGAUCACUCAUUUAACACAUACCAUUAUCAAAGGCACCAGGGAGAGUUAGUCAUGGAAUAAAGCAGUGUCCUUCCAGAUAAAAUCCGUUCCUCUGGAGUGAACUUCCCACAGAAAGGGUUUAGAAGAACUAGAGGUAAAGAGGCAUAUGAAGAUGGUGUCCUCAUCUCUACUGGUUUGUUUGGAUUAUUCAUUUAUAACAAAAGACGGGCACUGAUGUGGUACAACCUGCAAAUUACUUUCAGUUCAGAGUUUCUAGAUAAAACAUUAUAAAACAUCAAUAUCAGUACAUACUGCUCCUUUGAAAUUUGGGUAAAAAAUUAUACAACCAUAUAUAUAGUCCAUUUUUGUAUUUUUUCUAUGUUGUGAAAACCAAAAUUGUAAUUUUAUAAGUCUUUGAUUCACUAAAAUUAUAUAAUUUAAAUGUAUUUUUUGUAUAUUUAGAAAUAAGGAGUUCAAAGGCUAUGCCUAACUUUCUAUGCAUGCAUUUGAAGCUGUUUUUACCUGAUAAUGUUAAUGUAGUAAUAAGUUGUAUUCAUAAAAUACUGAUCUGUGUUGCAUUUCAAAAUAAACUGGUGUGUGCUCUGCCUGGAUUUGAAAUA